AUGGCUACGAAUAAAACAAUGAUAAAUAUUGCGAAAAACGGCGAUGAAUUGCACGAACAUCUCAGCACAUUUCUCGCCGAACGUCUUCAAUAUCUUCAAUCGCAACACGGCACAAUUUCCAUCGGUGUUUCGGGCGGCUCAAUGCCCAAACAAUUCACCGACGCGAUUUUGAGCCUGGGAACAGCGGUCGAUUGGAAGCGGAUUCGGAUUUUCAUGUGCGACGAGCGCUAUUGUCUGCCCACACAUCCGGAUAGUAAUUUGGGAGCGUAUUUGAAGUUGUUUCCGCGAGAAUUACACGAGUGUUUGGUGCCGGUGCCGAUUGAGGAAAGUGUGGCGAGAAGUGCCGAGAAUUAUGAGAAGGUUUUGAGGUGAGAGCGGGAAAAUGGCCUAAAAAUUUGGAAAUUUGAUCUAGAAAUAUGAAAAUGGCCUUGAAACCUGAAAGUUGCUGAAAACUCAGCUAAAAAAUGGCCUAGAAAUCUGAAAAUUGCUGAAAAUCAGCUUGGAAGCCUAAAAAUUGGCCUCCCGCCUAAUUUUCAACCAAAAAUCUUUAGCUAGAAGCCUAAAAAUGGCCUAGAAACCUGAGAAUUGCUGAAAAUCAUCUAAAAGCCUAAAAAUUGGCUUCCCACCUAUUUUUCGACCAAAAAAUCUUUUAAAAAUUAGCUAGAAGCUUGAAAAUUGCUGAAAUUUCUUCCAGGUGUGUUCUCCUUCCCGAGCAACUCAACCAGACCGCCCGUUUCGAUCUCCUAUUAUUGGGUGUCGGUCCAGACGGGCACACUUGCUCAAUUUUCCCCGCUCCCGAACGCCUUCCCAAAAUUACCGACUACAAUUGGAUCUCAGCCACCAGCACCUCUCCAAAACCGCCAGCUGAAAGAGUUACCCUAACUCUUCCCAUCAUAAACAUGGCGAAAAAUGUGGCAUUUAUUAUUACGGGUCGAUCGAAAGCGGCGGUGGUCAAACAAAUGUGUUUGGGCGGAGCGACGGCGAAUUUGCCGGCAACCCAAGUUCGACCGGCCAAUGGGAAGUUGUGGUAUUUUUUGGACGCGGAUGCGGCCGCGGAAUUGCCGCAUGAUUUUACGGCGGCCGCCGCGAAUGCGGCAAUGUCGCCGAAGUCUAUUGAAGAAUAA